AUGUCUGAGAACCCAAUAGUAUUCUUUGAUAUUUCCAUUGGUGGACAACCGGCCGGAAGAAUGAAAAUGGAGCUAUUCGCUGAUGUCGCGCCAAAGACUGCCGAGAAUUUUAGACAAUUUUGUACAGGAGAAUACAAGCGAAACGGAGUCCCACAGGGAUACAAAGGAGCACAAUUUCACAGAGUCAUUCAUGGCUUCAUGGUACAGGGAGGAGAUUUUGUGAAGGGUGAUGGAACUGGAUCAAUGAGUAUUUUCGGAGAUAGGUUUCCUGAUGAGAACUUUGACUUAAAACACACAGGAUCAGGAUUAUUGUCAAUGGCAAACAGUGGACCAAAUACCAACGGAUGCCAGGUAAUAAACGGUUCACUGUUAUAA